AUGGAUUUACCACCAGAAAGCAUGUACGACACAUUCAAAGACGACACCUGGAGAGAGCUGGGACCACUGGACCAUGACUGGUUUGAUGUACUGACAGCUCAGGCAGUCAAAACUGAGAAAAAUUUCUCUGAUCAAGAUGACUUGUGUGCAUACAAAGAUGGAAACUUUAAAACACCCUUUGAUGAAACUGCUGUGGAGAGUCAGUUGUUUUCAACCCCUAAAGUUUUCAGACACAGACGAGUUGUGUCACCUGAAGCCAAGGAUGAGCAGUCUUUCACUUCUGAACCAGAAAAAGAAACACUGCCAUGGACAAGAAGUCCAUAUAUUAUUCAGAUUUCAAAAGAGGGGGUGCCAGGUUCAAAAUAUGAAGGUGUCCAGCCUCAGGCUGAGGAAAGUUUUGAUCUGCUUCAGACACCACAGAAAUCCCCAGUCAGCUACGCAAAGUAUAUAUCUGAAAGUCUUGGUGCACAAAUUCAUCCCGAUAUAUCAUGGACCAGUUCUCUGAAUACCCCACCAGCAGUGCCUUCCACACUGAUUUUAUCUAAAACUGACGAGAGUCCCUGCCCAGUUAAUCUUUUUGAGGACCAAAGUGUUGUUUUUGUACGGAAGCUUUUCCCCUCACUUUCAAAUGCAUCCAGAGUUGGAACUGUGUCACCAAAACACAGUGACCUUAUUCCUCCCAUGAUUCAAGAAGGUGCUGAUUCUCCUGAGGCUGAUCAGAAUCCAGAGCCUCACAACUCUCCUUCUCAGAGUUCACAUAUCCAGAGUGAUGUCUGUAAACAGAAGCUACCAGAUGCUAUUGAGGAUGGAGAAAUUUGCACCACUGUAGCAAAUGUUUUUGAUGGGGCUGAAAAUGUUCUUUCAGGAUUUUUCUCCAACAGCAGUUCAGCACUUAGAAAAGUGAAAACUGACAGAAUAAAAAGGAAGCAAAUCAUUUCAGCAAAAGAACCUGGCUGCAGCUCCACACAGAUCUUGACAAUGAACACGGCUGUGUCCAGUGGCCAAAGAACAGCUGAUCAGCAGCCAAGCAGAGCUCCUUUAUCCCCACACUUGAAAAGUCCAGUGAAAACUGGAGACAUGGGAACCACUCAGUGGUCUCCAUUGAGUUUAUCUGAAAUACCAAACUCUACUGUGGGCCAUAAUAACAGUCCUGCUGCACAAGUGGAAAACAACUGUUUAAAAAAACAGCUACAGAGUGACUCUGAUUGUAGCCAGCUUGUCAGACCAUCCUUGAAAAUCUCAGAUUCUGGAUUUAUCAAGAAAAAGAGACAAUUUGUUUACACUGUGAAAUCUUCGAAACCCCAAGUGCAAGAAAAGGAAAUUCAUUCUCAGAAGAUUGACUCAUCACCAGCGCAAGGAUUGAACGUUAAGCAUCUGCCAAAUGCCCAAGAUAAAGGGGACUGUGGCAACAUCCACAAUAAAACCUUUGAAGGGAAGAAUGAGAUGCAACAACUGGAAAAUGUCACUGAAGAAAACCUGCCUCCCUCUAGAAAGAGGCUCAAACUCAACAGUGGACCACUCCUUUUCAGCCUACAAAUAAAGGAAACGGGAAAUGAAACAGUCAGGGACAUCAAUUGCCAAUUAACAGCUUCACAAAAAGCUGACGUGACAGAACUGUGCACUCUAUUGGAAGAAGCAGAUAGCCAGUUUGAAUUCACACAGUUUAAAAUUGCAACGCCAAACCAACAAUCUGACAAAGAACUUGACCCAGAUUUUCUUUCCGGUAUAGAUUUUGAUGAUAGUUUUAGUUCAGAUGCUGAAAAGCCUGUGCCAACAACAAUGAUACCUGGAAAAAUUGCCUUAGUUUCAGAUGAAAUAAAUCCUGACACAAGUAAGUCAGCAGAAAUGCCAUUCUCUGGUGGAAUGAAGAAAGAAACCGUCUCUUCUGGAAAUGUACCUUCCUCUUCUAAGAACAUUGCUGAAGGUAGUAGUUUUAUUAUGUCAAGUGAAAAUCUUGACAGAGCUGAACACGAUGACAAAAGCUUGCCAAACAACAAAAAUCCUUUGACACUUGGCAUGGGAUUUAAAACUGCUGGAGGAAAUGUUUUGAGGGUUUCAAAAAAGUGUCUGAGCAAAGCUAGAGCUUUGUUUGCUGAUUUAGAGGAGAAUCUUGUUUCAGAUAAAAACCCACCAGACAAGCAAACUUGUGAAAAAUAUAGCAAAGCAGAGCACAAGGACAGUGUGGAUAAUAACUUGGUACCUCAUGAAAAGGAUCAUUCAAAGCUCACAUGUCGAAGCGGGUUCCAGAUGGCCAAUGGGAAAGGGAUUUCUAUUUCAGCAAAAGCAAUGCAAAAGGCAAAUGCUCUCUUCAAAGACUGUGAUAAUGUGGAUAGUAGUGGUGGCACUUCGGUAAAACAUAAGAAUAGUAUAGAAACCUUGCCUGGAAGUUUCAGUCAUAAGAAAAACCUUUCAAAAUGUGAAAGUCUUACUGGGAUCAAAGUAAACCUUUCUGAAGAACCUGUCAAAAGACACACGGAGUUAGAAAAUGUAAAUUCUGAACCAUCUGUACACCUUACUGAGGUUCUCCAGCAUGAUAUGGAGAUUGACAAGUCUUCUUUUCAUGGAAACCAGUCUUUAACAGCAAAGUCGUCUUCUCCCUUGUGCACAACAUCAAAUAGUAUUGGCUCCUCUGCCACCGAUGAUUUGAGCGUUGGUGGUUUCUGUACAGCCAGCGGCAAGAAAGUGUCUGUAUCAGUUAAUGCAAUGACAAAAGCAAAGUGUCUUCUGAAUGAAAUUCAGACACACAAGGACACAGACCAGCAAAUGAAACAAAAAACAAACUCUUCAAGAACCAGUCGUUUUACCAAUCAGCCAAGUGGCUUUAAGACAGCUAGUGGAAAAGGAGUUGUUAUUUCAUCUGCAGCAAAAUCUUUGAUUGGUGAAUAUGAUGGAGUUGAGGAUGAAGUCAGUGGAAACCAAAAAUAUUCCAAGACUCCAGUCCAUGAUUCACCACCCAGAGGUAGUGGAUUUCUUGCAGCCAGUGGUAAGCCAGUAGCAUUUUCAUCUGAGGCCCUCCAGAGGGCAAACGCUCUCUUUGAUGACAUCAGUUCCAGUUCAGAGAUCCCAGCUGUUUCAGUUAGGAAGAAUGAUAAGAAACAAGAAAAUGGCCAAGACAAAGAAAAACUGCAUCGUGGUUUCUCAACAGCAGGAGGAACAAUAAUCUGUGUGUCACAGCAAAAUCUGUUGAAAGCAAAAAAUCUUUUGAAAGAAUUUGAUGAUGAUGAUUCUAUGUCAGUUAAAGCAAUGCAAGAGACUGAUGCUUCCUUCAAAGACUGUGAUGUUAAGGACAGUAAUGACACCAUGUCAGUAAAACAGAAAAGUAAGGAAAGUGUCAACAAGAAGAAUAUCCUCCCAACAUUUAAAAAUGUUCCAGGGGUAACAGUAAAUGUUUCUGAGGAGCCUGUCAGUGGAUACACAGAGUUUGAACAUGUGAAAGCUGGACCAGAUGUACACCAUGAAAAGAUGCUGCAUUACGAUAAUGUGGAGAUUCACAAAGGUGUUUUUAAGAACACACUGGCUUUGAGUGAUGCACCUUUUUUACAUGCAAACUCAUACUCGAUGGCAAAGCCACUUUCCUUGUCAUCGUGCACAAUAGCAAAGAAGCUUGUUUCCUCUGCUGUUGAUGAAUUGAACAAUGACGGUGGAUACUGUACAGCCAGUGUAAAGAAAGUGUCAGUGUCAGAUGAUGCAAUAGUAAAAGCAAAGUCUCUGCUGAAUGAAAGUGCUACAUUCGAGGACACAAACAGACAACUGAAACAAAAAGAAGGAACACCACAAAAUGUUGGAUUUCAGACAGCCAGUGGCAAAGGAGUCGCCAUUUCAUCUGCAGCUCUAACAAGGGCAAAAUCCCUGUUGAGUGAAUGUGAUGACGAUGCGGAUAAAACCAAUGCAAGACCACCUCAUUUCAAGAUGCCGUUUCCUGGUCCACUACCCAAAAAUAGUGGAUUUCUUGCAGCCAGUGGUAAGCCAGUAGAAUUUUCAUCUGAGGCCCUCCAGAGGGCAAAAUCUCUCUUUGAUGACAUCAGUCCCAGUUCAGAGAUCCCAGUUGUUUCAGAAAAAAGGAAGAACGAUAACAAGCAAGAAAAUGCUCAAAAUAAAGAAAAACUACAUUCUGGUUUCUCAACAGCAGGGGGAGCAAUAGUCCGUGUGUCAGAGCAAAAUCUGUUGAAAGCAAAAAAUCUUUUGAAAGAAUUUGAUGAUGAUUCUAUCACAGUUAAAGCAAUGCAGGAGACCGAUGCCUUCUUCAAAGACUGUGAUGUUGAGGACAGUUUGAACACAGACAUCCCAGCUGUUUCAGACACAUUGAAAAGUGAGAAGAAAUCAGAAGAUGCUCAAAAUAAUAAGGAAAAAACACAUUGUGGCUUCACAACUGCAGGGGGAACAAAAGUCCAAGUGUCACAGAAAAAUCUUUUGAAAGCAAAGAACCUUUUGAGAGAAAUUGAUACUGAUUCUGUUCAAGUAAAAGAUGGUUUGGAGUGUCCUGAUUUAAACUCAUACUCAACAGCCCCAGUUGACACUCACAAUCCAGGUCUAUCAAAAGAUGUGAAAAGACCCUCAAAUUACAAUCUCUCAACAACAUGUAACAAGAACAUUCUUGCUGAAAGUGACCCCCAGAUUGUUAAAUCUCACCGUUCUUUCCGAGAGACUGACAGUGAAAAUAAAAUCCUUCAAAAUUCAAGUGUACAUGGUUGUAACUUUAUCAAAGAGAAGACAGUUACAGAUACAUGUAAAUUUAAAGAGGACAAAUGUGUUAUCUCGGGGGUGCUGAAUCCCUGCGGAGAGACUAGGCCAGACAUAAUGGGCUACGAAAUAAAGCAGACAAGCAGCAGUAAGAAGCUGGAGUUCAAAAGGACAGAAGAGUCUUCAGUUCUAAACUUUCAGUCACUCAACCUCAGUGGCUGCACAGAAGCCCAGCAGAAGUUUCUUGCCCAGGAAGCCCUGGACUGCACUAAAGCUUUGUUAGAAGACGAAGGUCUAGCUGGCCAAAGUCUCUCUAUGACUUUUGAAAAUAUGCCACAGCAAGAUAACCCAAAAUCCAGCAAGGAAUGUGUAGAGGAGCAGAAAACAACAGGGAAGAGAUUGGCAGAGGAUACUAAUAUGACCGGUCAGCCUCCCCUGAAAAGACGAUUACUGGAUGAAUUUGACAGAACUGUUAGUAGUCCAAGAGGAUCAACACUUCAGCCAGAAAAAAGCUGUCCAACUGCUGUAAUGAAAGACAGGAGAGUUUUCAAGUACAGCGUCUCUCUUCAUCCAAACAUCACAAGGCCAAACAGGGAUGGAAAAAACUACAUGGUAACCAGACUGCAGCAGGCAACACCACACUCAUCCCCAGGUGACAGAAAAUCCACUCAUUCUACGAUACCAGCAUUUGUUCCUCCAUUCUUGAAGAAUUCAAAGACGGACACUCACAAGAAUAACAUGGUCAAGGACAACAUAAGAACACCUGUGUUUGUUCCUCCAUUCAAAAAACAAAGAACUAUUGUCCAAGAGAGCUCUAAACUACAAGAGGAGGAGGAUAAACACCACUGUGUCUCUGUAAUGCCUUCAAACAGCAACACUUUUGUACCACCCACUAAAAAGACAAGCGGACAAAGCACUACAGAUGUAACUGGUAAUAAAAGCACAGAAGUUACUCAUACGGUGGCCUUGGCUGAUAACACAAAGGAUGAUCUUGUGGAAAACCGUAAAAGUCCUGUUGGCUAUAGAACAGAGGAUUCUGCUACAGAGGCUUCAGAAGUGGCGGACACAUUAUCCAGAAGUCAAGAAAUUCAGACUCUUCAGAACAUAGAGCUGGCACGAGAUAUGCAAGACAUGAGGAUCAGGAAAAAGAAGCGCCAGACUAUCAGACCUCUGCCAGGGAGCUUAUUUCUAACCAAAACUUCAGGAGUGUCAAAGAUCCCACUAAAAGAUGCAGUGAAUGGAAAGCCCCCUGCAAAAUACACCCAAAAACAGCUGUACGGAUACGGAGUGCAUCAGCAUGUGUCUGAGAUCACCAGUGAGAAUGCACAGUCGUUUCGCUUCAGUAUACAGCAGUUCCUCAAACGGGAAGCAUUCAUUGAUGACGGUGGUGUUCAGCUUGCUGAUGGCGGAUGGCUGAUCCCAAGCAAGGACGGGACUGCAGGGAAAGAAGAGUUCUAUAGAGCUUUAUGUGACACCCCAGGUGUGGAUCCUAAACUGAUCAGUGAGGAGUGGGUGUAUAAUCACUACAGAUGGAUUGUGUGGAAGCAGGCCUCCAUGGAAAGAUCCUUUCCAGGAACAAUGGGCAGCCUCUGUCUCACCCCAGAGCAAGUUCUCCUACAACUCAAAUACAGAUAUGAUGUUGAGGUGGACCACAGUCGCAGGCCAGCUCUGAGAAAGAUCAUGGAAAAGGAUGACACAGCAGCCAAAACCCUGGUUCUCUGUGUUUGCGGGGUCGUCUCUAGGGGUCACUACCCAACCAGACAAAGUCACAAUGAUGCCAAGACUCCACACAGUGCUGAUGCAAAGGCUGAAAACCCAUGUGCAGUCGUUUGGCUGACAGAUGGAUGGUACACCAUUAAAGCCCAGCUGGAUGAUCCCUUGACUGCCAUGCUUCACAAAGGUCGACUGGCUGUUGGUGGAAAGCUGAUCAUCCAUGGGGCUCAGCUGAUGGGAUCCCAAGAUGCUUGCUCCCCUCUAGAGGCACCUGAAUCUCUCAUGUUAAAGAUUUGUGCCAAUAGCAGCAGACCAGCACGAUGGGAUACUAAGCUUGGAUUUUUCAGGGAUCCAAGGCCAUUCCUGCUGCCUCUCUCCUGUUUGUACAGCAAUGGAGGGCCUGUUGGAUGUGUGGACAUUGUCAUACUGAGAAGCUACCCCAUACAAUGGAUGGAGAGGAAACCAGAUGGUGGCGUUGUGUUCCGUUCUGUCCGUGCAGAAGAAAAGGAGGCGAGACGCUACAACAGCCAGAAGCAAAAGGCUAUGGAGAUUGUGUUUGCAAAGAUUCAAGCAGAAUUUGAGAAGGAAGAAAAAGGUAAUAACAAACCUCAACGCAGAAGACGGACAAUCAGUCGUCAGGAUAUUGCAAGUCUGCAAGAUGGAGAAGCGCUGUAUGAAGCAGUUCAGGAUGAUCCAGCUUACCUUGAGGCUCAUUUGAGUGAACAACAGUUGGAGACUCUACAUACCUACAGGCGCUCUCUGAUUGAGAAGAAGCAGGCUGAACUGCAGGACCGGUACCGUCGUGCUCUAGAAAAUGCAGAGGAAAAUGAGGGGACCUGUCCCAAACGUGACGUUACUCCUGUUUGGAGACUCUGCAUUGCUGACUCAAUGAGUCAAAGCAGCAGUGUUUACCAGUUGAACAUGUGGCGACCGUCCUCAGACCUUCAGUCUUCGUUAAAGGAAGGCUGUCGAUACAAAGUCUAUAACCUCACCACUUCAGAUGGAAAAAAGCGCGGUGGUAUUGAAACUGUUCAGCUCACCGGGAACAAGAAAACACAGUUUCAGGACAUACAGGGUUCAAAGGAAUGGUUAUCAACACACUUUCAAUCAAGGGUGUCUGCAACUUUUGUGGAUCUCCAAAACCCAGAAUUCCAGCCGCUCUGUGGAGAGGUUGACCUCACAGGAUAUGUCAUCAGUAUCACUGAUGGUCAAGGUUCCUCUCCUGCAUUUUAUCUGGUCGAUGGGAAACUGAACUUCGUUAAAGUGCGUUGUUUUAGCAGCUUGGCUCAGUCUGGUGUGGAAGAUGUAGUGAAACCACGUGCACUGUUAGCUCUCAGCAACCUUCAGCUGAGAGGUCAGUCUACAUCUCCCAUUCCUGUUGUGUAUGCUGGAGAUCUCAUCGCCUUCUCAGCAAACCCCAAGGAAACACAUCUACAGGAAUCCCUCUGUCAAAUCAGAAACCUGGUCCAGGGUCAGAAGAACUUCUUUCUUACUGCUGAGGAGAAGCUUUCACAUUUAAUCAGCUCUGUUGGCAUGAGCUCCAUCUCCUCUCCAGCUCUGCAACCAAGGACCCCAGCAGUACUGCAGCAGACUACAACAGACAGAAUACAAGACACAAAGACAAGUCCAAUCCGAAGCCUUGGAUCCUUCACGCCUGUGGGCAGGAACCCUCCACUGGGAAACGGUUUAACAGAGAAAGACCCGAAAAGCCUGAAGAGGAGGAGAGCUCUGGACUAUCUGUCUCGUAUCCCAUCACCACCACCUGUGUCAAAUCUAGGCUCAGUGGCUUCACCGUCUGUAAAUAAGACAUUCAAUCCCCCUCGGAGGUCUGGGACACCUAGCACUUUAAAAACUGUACAGACUCCAGCUCCCAAACCUGUUGUUUUGACGGUGGAGGAUGAAUGGGUGAACGAUGAGGAGCUGGCUAUGAUUGAUACUCAGGCAUUACAUGUUGGUAUAUAGACUGUAUGAUGAUAAGUGCACUACAACGUUUAAAAAGCUGUACAAAUGUGUGAAUAUAAAGGCUUUAUUCUGUGGUUGUUUGGUAGUUUCA